GCUUUGGUUCCAAUGCUUCUAUGGCUUUUAACGAAGGGAAAACCUUCUAGAAACUUGAGAAAAUGGAACGUUUCGAGUUCUCGACUGAGUUGGUUCCGGGUUUACCCGAAGAACUCGGUCUUGAGUGCAUAAGUCGGUUACCUUACACAGCUCACCGACUCGCCUCCCGAGUUUGUCACCGAUGGCGAGAUUUGUUUCGAAGCGAUGAUUUUUAUUACCACCGCAAAAAAUUAGGGUACACCCAAGAAGUCGCUUGCUUGGUUCAGGCCUUUAGUGGUGGGAUCGUGAAUGGACCUAAAAAACCGGGUGAGUCACCGAGUUAUGGAAUUGCUGUGUUUGACUGGCUGAGUCGGAGUUGGGAUAGACUCGCCACGCUUCCCACUUACGCAAGUGGGUUGCCUUUGUUUUGUCAAUUGGCAAGCUGUGAGGGGAAGCUUGUGGUAAUGGGCGGGUGGGAUCCUGUGAGUUACGACCCAGUUACCGAUGUUUUUAUCUACGAUUUCAUGACUCAGCAAUGGAGAAAAGGGAAGGAUAUGCCUGCAAAAAGGUCGUUCUUUGCAAUCGGAUCAUGUUCGGGUCGGGUCUAUAUUGCGGGCGGGCAUGACGAGAACAAGAACGCGUCGAGAAACGCCUGGGUUUAUGAUUUGAGAAAGGACGAGUGGACUCAGUUGGGCGAGCUGAGUCAGGAGCGAGAUGAGUGUGAAGGUGUGGUGACAGGGGAAGACGAGUUCUGGGUUGUGAGCGGAUACAGAACGGAGAGUCAAGGUCAAUUCGACGGGAGUUCUGACGUGUAUGAGUUCAAAUCGGGGCAAUGGAGGCGGGUCGAAGGGGUUUGGGAACCAGGUCGGUGCCCGAGAUCGAGUGUUGGGAUUGGCAAAGAUGGGAAAUUGUUGAAUUGGGCAGAGCUCGACCCUGCCGUAAGGGUCGGAGCAUGUGGAGUUAGGCUUGGGGGUCGAGUCUUGGUCACCGGGUCGGAGUAUCAAGGUGCACCACAUGGGUUUUACAUGGUGGAAAUGAAGGAAGGGCAAAAUGGAAAAUUGGAGAAGAUCAGUGUGCUUGAUGAGUUUUCUGGGUUUGUCCAGUCAGGCUGCUGUGUGGAAAUCUGAUUCACUAAGCAUAAACAAUAGUAAAAAGAAAAAUAUAUAUAGAGGUAACUUUGUUGUAAUUUUGGUUAUGGUCUUCCAAAAUAUAAAUGUACUUCAAUUUUCAAGGAGAAAGCAGCUCUCUUUUUUCUCAGAGAAUGUAAAAAGUUUUGAAUUUGAUGCAUAAUUAUCAUAUUAUAUACAUAUGAAUAUUCAGACAUGCAGCUUUUGAAUGAU